AUGUCGUUUGACACCAUCAUGCCGCCCUACAACGCGUCCGAUCCGUCGGCGACGUUCCUCAGCUCAGCCUGUCUGGACUUUCUCUUCAUCGAGCUCGUCCCCAUGGCCUACCGGGUCACCAACGAGCUGCAGGCAGACGCGCAAGCCCGCUCGCUGGCCGUGGCCGCCGCCGUCGCCGGCAUUCCGGGUGCAGGACCGCCACCAAGAGGCUCGAUGGCGGCUUCAGUCAGCGCUGCCAGGGGCUCGUCCACGGCUGCUGCUGCUGCUGGCGGCGCCAGUCUGAGCGAGGCCGGCCGCACUGCCGGCUCCGGCUCACUGAGCGGUGCCGGCUCCCGUCGGGUGCUCGACGACGACGAGGAACAGGACGCGGUGUCGUUCCGGCUAGACAUGCUGGGCUAUCGCGUAGGCCAGGGACUGGUCGAACGGUUCUCGCGCGAACGCCCGCCAUUUCACGACACCCUGGAUGUCAUCAAGUUUCUCUGCAAGGAUCUCUGGACCCUUGUCUUCCGCAAACAAGUGGACAACCUCAAGACAAACCACAGGGGAGUCUAUGUCCUGACCGACAACGCCUUCCGGCCGUUUCAGCGGAUGAGCACGGAGACUGGCGGACAGGCCGUCGUCAAGGCACAACCGUUCCUCUGGUUUCCCUGUGGGAUCGUGCGCGGCGCUCUGGCGGCGCUAGGCAUCACCGCCACUGUACAGGCCGAGAGCAACGAGCUCCCAGGGGCCAUCUUCCAGAUCAAAACAGUGCCUACAAAGGUAUGA